AUGUCUGAAGCUACUACUCAAAGAAAGAAGACUUUCAAAACCUACUCCUACAAGGGUGUUAGUUUGGAAAAGAUGUUGGAAAUGCCAACUGAAGAAUUUGUCAAGUUGGCUCCAGCCAGAGUUAGAAGAAGAUUCGCUCGUGGUUUGUCCUCCAAGCCAGCUGGUUUGAUGAAGAAAUUGAGAGCUGCUAAGUUGGCGACUCCAGUUAACGAAAAGCCAUCUGUUGUUAGAACCCAUCUAAGAAACAUGAUUAUCGUUCCAGAAAUGAUUGGAUCUGUUGUUGGUGUGUACAACGGUAAGGUUUUCAACCAGGUUGAAAUCAAGCCGGAGAUGGUUGGCCAUUACUUGGGUGAAUUCUCCAUCACUUACACUCCAGUUAGACACGGUAGAGCUGGUGCCACCACCUCCCGUUUCAUCCCAUUGAGAUAA